GCCAAGCCCCGUGGUAGUACCCUGCUGAGCCCACUAGGCUGCCAUGUGCCAGGCACCGUUGUGCUGCACGGCGCUCCCCACUGGUGCAUGCUACUAGGGCACCCUGGUAACAGGCCACAUCACCCGCCGCUACCCGGGCACCGAUGCCACGCACCCGGUCGUGCAUGUGCCCAGGAUGCAGGGGGAGGUCUGGUUUGCUUGUCAAGCAAAGGCACGGUGCUGCCUCCCAGCGCAGGGUCUCCUCUAUUCAGAGAACAGGCAGUUUCCCCCACCAGCCUUGCCUGGAGGAAGCGCUUCUGCGGGCUGCAGCGAAGCCCAGCAGAGUUGCUGGCAGUGCGAACCCGUGACCGCAAGGUUCCUCAGCGUUCGCAUGGCCAGAAGGAUUUCGUUCCCGAUGGCUCGGAAGAGCAGGCGGAGCGGCUGCGCCGAUGCCGGGAAGAGCACUGGCAGCUCCUGGCUGAGGAGCGUGUGGAGCGGCUGGGAAGUUUGGUAAAAGCUGAAUGGAAGCCAAAUGAAGGCCUUGUGGAACUGAAAUCCCCGGCAGGGAAGUUCUGGCACACGAUGGGGUUCACAGAUCAUGGCAAACAGUGCCUGCUACCAGAGGAAGCCCUCUAUCUACUAGAGUGUGGCUCUAUUCAGCUCUUUUACAGAAACCUGCCCUUGUCCAUUCAGGAAGCCUAUGAGACCCUGCUGUCCCAGAGUACUGUGAGCCUGCUGCAGUACCAGGUGUUCAGCCACUUGAAGAGACUGGGUUACAUUGUGCUGAGAUUCCACCCCAGCGUGGUCCCAUCCUGGUAUGAGAGGCAGCUGAACCUCGACAGUCACUGCAAGAGCUCUGGGAAACACCAUCGCAAGAGGAGGAGAAGCUCUAGCCCUCGGGUACUAGACAAGAAGCAAAAAGCAUUGGGAGACCCUCUGGAAGCUGAAGAGACCCUGGAAAAGGCCAGUGAGGGCCAGAGAGAGCCCAGCCACCAAGCCUCCGAUGGGAGCUGUUUGUCAGGGAAGUCCAAAGAGUCAGAUACUGGCAUUGAAACGGGGGAUUCAGUCCAAGUCCCUGCUGAAAUCACACAACACAGUGCAUCUCCUAGCCAGUGCCAGGAUAAGGCUGGAGACUCAAGUAAUGCUGCUGAGGAGAGCUAUGAUGGUGCCCUCUCAUCCCGCUGGGACUUCUCCAGAAUCAUCUUCCCCAACAUGGCAUCUGACCAUCCGUGCACCUUCCUGCCCCAGCCUGACAAGAGGCUUCUCCCAGAGAAUGUGGCAGUCCAGGAAGUGGAUGCCACCCGUUGGCGUCAGCUGAUCAACCAGAAGCAUGAGAAGCUGUCGCAGAAAGAGCAAGAGCAGCGGGAAAGGGAGAGCCGGUACAAAAAUAGCAUCAAUGCAGACAAGGAGGUGAGGCAUUGCUCCAACUGGCAGGAGUACAAGUUGCUCCUGAAGCAGAGGAGGCAGCAGAGGGCGUGGAGACGGCCAGCACACCUGUGGGAUCAGGCAGUCACCCCGCUGGUGAAGCCGGAUGAAGUUGCCUCAUCAGCUGCUGUCCUCCAACAGAUCAGUGUGCUACAGCCCUCCCACAUCCUGGAUGGAGCCUCCUGGCUGCAGGAGGACACCAAGGAUAUGAAGAUAGACUUUGAUGUGUACCAGGCAGAUGCUGUUGCCACCUUUAAGAAGAAUGACCCUGGGAAGCCUUACGCCAGGAUGUGCGUUCGGAGGUUUGAUGAGCAGAUCCCAUCCUUGCGAGCAGUGAAGCAGCUGGCCUACCAGAGCCAGGAUGUCCCUGUGGUCUUUGCCUUGGUGGACAAUGGAGAUGUUACUUUUUACUCAUUCAAGGAAUUCAAGCUCCCGGUUGAUGUUUAUCACUGAAGCUGCAAUCUCUUGGAGAAGUGGCUUUUGGCAAAAGGAGGAACUACUCAGGACCUGAUCCCUUGAUUCAUGGAAUGUUAUACCGGUGAAUGACGUGGGGCGGGGUGUGGUGAGUGGUGACCGUCCACAGGUGCCACCGGCAGCAUCGGCGGUGCUUCUGUUGGGUGCGCUGCUAAUCUCAGCAGGUGCACGUGCACCUGUGUGCACCCCCUACAUGUAGCCAGUGGUUAUACCACACAGAAGCUCUGAUAACCAAUUAACUUGCAGAAUGAGGAGACAUUUAACCCAUUGCUCCAGACUUCAGCCACCCAGGGGCUGACUCAUUCAUAAAAGCCAAAUAUAAUUCAAACAGCCAAGCGCCAUCUCUGUACAGCUUAGCUGGGCGUUUCCUGAUGGGAGCACACACUGUUUUGUUCUUUAAGCCACUGGUCUUCCUGCUCUGCCCAUGCAAUGGACCACUUCCUUUUGUGUCCCCCAGAUAUUUUGCUGUUCCCAUGGACCAUUAGAACAAGCUUCACUAAUGACCCACAUCAUAUUUUGAGAGCCACUGACUUAGGCCAGUGUGUGAAAGCAACCAGGCUGAAUGGUUUGAGAAUCACUCUUGGCUGUCAGUCAGACUCGGCAUAAGUUAAUGAGGUCAGUACUGGACUAGCAAGGCUCUGUCACUCAGCUGCAUAGAUGCCCGUCAGAUAAAAUCCUUAGUUGUCAUUUGGUGUAAAAAGAACUAAGUCACUGCAAUAAACCUCUGCCACAGGAAUAAUGAAUCCAGCUUUGCUGUGGCAUAUAUAUGAUGGCAGGAGACUGCAGUCCUGUGCCAGUCAGUACCAGGGAUCUCAAUCCUGCAGAGACAAGGGAAGCAUUUUGUGAACCAAAGGUAUCACAAAAAGCCCUAAGGCACUUUGGAGGGAUGUCCUAAUGUUGUACUGUAAUGUUUGCAUUAAGAUGGAUCAUUGCAACAUGGCAUCAUCCCAUGUCAAAGCUACAGCAUGAACAUCAGCACCUGAUGUCAACACAUCUAACAACCUUGGUAGGGUGGCCCUUUGUUUCCAUUUGAUGUCAUCUUUCCUAAAUGCAGGUGUAUGUUUCUCUCUCAAGCAAGAUGAGCUCAUGUAAGACUCCCAGAUCCUUCAUAAGCCAUGUAGUUCUCUGGCUUUUGCAUUCCAGGCUGAGAACCACUCUUCCAUAUCUUUGAAUUAAUCCCAGGCCUCAUCAUGGGGAUCAGGACUCUCUACCUGGAUAUUUGGGUGCCAAACAUGCUUUAACCUCUAUGCAGAAAUGCCAGCAUGACUAGUGCCAGAAAAUCCUGCUUUGUGGAUAAAAGGACUUGGCGCUGUUGGGCUCAGGGUGCAGCUUUCUUCAGAAGUGUUACAGAAAAUAUUUUAGAUGCAUUUUAUUUGAUAACCUCUGUUUGGAUGAUUUGUUGUUAUUUUUGCUGGAGGAGAUUUAAAGGCUAAAGUAUUAAAAAAGCCUUGUCCAACUA